AUGGCAACAGUUGAUGAAGUAUCGCUUGAAAAUGUACUGAGACGGUGUGGUGACUUUGGCCGAUUUCAAUUGAUACACUUUUGCUUUUUAUGCCUACUCAACUUCAGCAGUGGUAUGACUGGAUUUUACUAUGUUUUUGGACUUGCUUCACCUCUUUUUCGAUGUCGACUACCCUCCACUGAGUGGCCUAACGAUAAUGAAUAUAAAUCAACCAAUUCUUCUUAUCAAAAUGCAAUCAUUAACUUGACAACACUUGCAUCUGAGUGUUUAGAUAUCAAUGGAUCUGUAUGCAAUGAUUUUGUCUUUGAUAGAAGUAUCUAUGGGAAAACAUUUACGGAAGAGGCACAAUUUGUGUGUGAUAAUAGACUAAAGAAAACGUGGAUUUCUACAGUCUAUGAGAUUGGAACGUUUACAGUGCUAAUUACCGGGCCGACUAGUGACAGAAUUGGACGAAGAAGGAUCUUGCAAGUGUUGAGCUUGGGGCUCUAUAUUGUCACUGGUAUCACGCAAGUACUGCUUCAGUUUGUCAGUAUGAGCGUUAAUACAAAGUUCAUUCUGUUGAUUAUCAAUCAGCUUGUGUCUGGUAUAGACCCAUAUGGUGUAGUUUUUCUGCUUAUAAUGGAAUUGACAUCAUCUUCUCAUACAAGUUUUGCUGCGGGUGUUGCUCUAGUCGCAUAUACUAUAGGAGAAGUAAUGAUCACUGGCUUUGCAUAUGCGGCACGUAAUUGGCUAAAUCUCAAAUGGCUGAUGAGUCUAUAUUAUGCCGUCACUAUUCCUUAUCUCUAUUUUAUUCCAGAGUCGCCCUACUGGCUGUUUACUCGAAAGAAAUAUGAUGAACUUGAAGCUUGUUUGCGAAAUAUUGCCAAAAUCAAUCGACGUGAAGAAAGCGAAUGGUUUCCACAUUAUACUAAAUUGAUCGAAGAGUCUCGUGCUUUAAAAACAACAAAAACAAAGAAGAAGAGCAAGAAACGAGAAAAGGUUUUACGUUUCUUGCCUAGACUAAUUCUUUGUGGCUGCAUUGAAUUUGUUACUAUGUUACUCUAUACUACAAUUUCCUAUGGACUUGCUGAAAACAAUGGAGCUUUGAGUCCGUAUACGAACUUUAUUAUUGGAGCUGGUGUCGAAGGUCUUGGCUAUUUGGUUGCUGGUUUUGCUAUUAUUACCAUAUUGGGAAGAAAAUUUUCAUUGAUUACAUUUGCACUAUUGACCGCUAUAUGUGUACUUGCAAUUCCAUUCUUGACGGCAUCUUAUCCCAUCAUAGCUACUCUAAUUUCACAAAUAGGUAAAUUUGGAGUUAGCGCUGCUGUCUCAGUAUCUUGGCUCUAUGUUCCUGAACUUUUCCCUACAUAUAUGCGAGGUUUAGCUAACGGUAUAUUUGUGUUUGUUGGCAGCUUUGGGUCAAUGUUAGCACCGAUCGUGAGCACUGCAGUCGGCGAAAAGAAUGAGCGAAUUACUAAUUAUGUUUAUUCUGGACUGACCAUAUUACUGGUUUUUGUAAUUACUACUUUGCCAGAGACACGCCAUCGAUCUUUUGACGAUGACGAAGAAGUUGAUGGUGUAUCUCAAACUGAAGAUGAUGCUGACGAUAAAUACUAG